UGCUACAAAUGCUACCCAUCAAAGAUUUUUCUCUUUCAACAUAUCUCCUUCUCUCAACCCUAGCGGUUCUCUUCUGGAAGAGUUCCAGAUUAGGCAAAAGCCAAGUGCUCAAGUCACCCCCAGGACCAUGGAAGCUGCCUAUUUUAGGCAACUUGCUACAGUUGGCUGGUCAUCCACUGCCACACUAUCCAUUGAGAGACCUAGCCAAGAAAUAUGGACCCGUCAUGCACCUGAAACUAGGGCAGUCGACUGCUGUUAUUAUUUCAUCCCACAAUGCAGCCCUAGAGGUGCUGAAGACGAAUGAGAUCACUUUUGCUCAAAGGCCACUGGUUUUGCAAGUCGAAACCAUCAACUUCGGCCGUGGAAGCAUUGCCUUUGCUCCGUAUGGAGAUUUCUGGAGAGAGAUGCGCAAGAUUUGUGUUUCCGAAUUAUUAAGCGUUAAGCAUGUGCAGGCAUUUCGGUUCAUAAGAGAAGAAGAGGUAAAGAACUUUGUUGAAUCCAUUUCCACAUCAUCAUCAAAAUCAGCAGCCAUCAAUUUCAGCGAGGAAAGCUUGCUCUUAACAAACGGCAUUAUAUCGAGGGCAGCAUUUGGAAACAAGUGCAAAUAUCAAAAGGAGUUCCUAGCAGUGCUCGAUGAAGCAUUGAAACUCGGUGGAGGGUUCGACAUACCUGAUUUGUUUCCUUCACUUCGAUUUCUCUGUUUCUUUACUGGGACCAUAACCGCCAUGAGGAAGAUGCGAGACAAGAUUGGAGUGGCACUUGACAGUAUCAUCGAUGAACAUAAGAGGAAAAGAUCAUUGAAAAAUGAUAGACCAGAAGGAGCUGAUCAUGAUGGUAAAGAGGAAGAAGAUCUAGUCGACAUACUUCUAAAACUGCAAGAUUCAAAUAAUGAGCUUGAUUUCAAAUUGACAACCGGCCAGAUCAAAGAUGUCGUUAUGGAAAUCUUCGUGGCUGGAAGUGAGACAUCAGCUGCAACCCUAGAAUGGGCGAUGUCAGAGUUGCUGAAGAACCCAAGAGUGAUGAAGGCGGCCCAAGCUGAGGUGCGGCAAUCAGUACUGCUUACAAGUGAAGAUAACACGUUAGACAAUGUUCAGCACAAAAUGGAUUACUUGAAGUCAAUUGUAAAAGAAACUCUGCGGUUGCACCCUCCUACACCCUUACUUGCAAGAGAAUCAAGGGAAAGAUGUGAGAUAGAUGGAUACGAGUUGCCUGCGAAAACGAAAGCAAUCAUCAACGUAUGGGCACUGGCUAGAGAUCCGGAACAAUGGGGGGAUGAUGCUGAUUCCUUCAAGCCAGAGAGGUUCCUUGAUGACUCGAUGACUGCCAAAAUCGACUUCAGAGGAAGUAACUUUGAGCUCAUUCCCUUUGGAUCCGGUCGAAGAAUAUGUCCGGGCAUGUCAUUUGCAAAUGCAGUGAUUGAGCUAACUCUUUUCCAAUUGCUCUACCACUUUGAUUGGGAACUGGCUAAUGGGAUCAAACCAGAUGAACUAGACAUGACAGAGAGUUGGGGUGCAACAUGUAGAAAAAGGGAUGAUUUGUACAUCAUUGCCACCCCUCAUUUCGAGACCAAGUCCUAAAAUAUGGCACAUGAGAAAGAGAUUUGGGUCACUGAGUGAUUGUGUGAGUGAUCGUGUGGGUAAGUGACCAGGUGUAGCUUA